AUGGCCGGAGCAGCGCCCGUUGCAGACGCCGAGUAUGGCUGCCUGGCUUUUGACGUGUUUCUGAUGGAGCGGUGGGAUCAUACCGCCGACCCAGCUGAUGACGCGAAGCAAUGGGAGUCUGCCGUUCAUGCCUACUUGGCCCUGACGCCGCGACAGCGCCAUCCAUAUCACCAAGAAUCUCUCAAGCGCAAGAAUGCACGAUAUAAAGUCGAUUCUGGGCUCGCUGCCCGCCUCUUCAUUCCCCAUCAGACACUCCUUGAGCGCAGCGUGAGCGUGCGUCGGGCCUCCCAGACGUCCCCUGACCCACUGUGGGUGCGCACGUGCUACGCACCCGAGUUUGACUCUGCGUACGCAUCGAUGGCUGCCCAUGUCGUCGGAGUCGGAGGGAACGUGAUUGACCGGGCCGGUGCUCUUGAUGACUCGAAUAUCUACAGCUUUGACGGCGAUUGGGCUCGCGUGCUAUUGCGUCUGCCAGAGCUGUGCGACGUGGUCCGCUUCGCAAACGAAGAGCUCCAUGAGGAGCGCGAGCAGGAGAUUGAGGGGGCCGAGGGCGAGAUGGAGAGGCUUUCUAUGAAGGUGGUGGAGAGGCUCUACAUCGUGGACAGGGAGGCAUUGGAGAAGGGGCUUGUGAAGGUCAUCUGGCUGGAUUGCCAUGGCGAAUGCCUCUGGAACAACAAGAUCAGACCCGAAGGCAUGCUCGACUUCACCGGCGCAUGGCGAGCCAUGGUGUCGCUGGAUGAGAUUCUCGAGACGUUUGCCGAGAAAUCAGAGAAAGGUGCGCGGCUACUAUUCUGA